AUGUUAUCUGCUAACCGUAACGCCGCAGAAUCCCUGGAGCCAGUCAAGAGCGAAGGAGCAUCACAGAAGGAUGUAAACCCGCCAGUCGAUCAACAAGCUGCGACUUCCGAGCCGAGAGACGUCCCACUUGGAUCUACUAUCGUUGAAGUGCAGCGAGAUGCUUCGUCUGAGACCCGAGUUUACACGGUCUAUGCAAGCGACGUCCACAACGAAGCCCAGGUCAAUGAGACGCGCUCUUGGCUCAAGAGCCUUGUCAAAGACAAAGACAGGAUGCGUGACGAGCUGGGAUGGACCUGGGACACCAUCGAAGAUUUCCCCAGAGAAGAGUGGGACAAGCUGGCCGAUGAAGGCAGGCUAGAAGAGGAGUUCGACAAUUACGAAGUGGUGCGUUGCUGGUCAGGCGUGGUCUUGGACCAGGCUGGAUACGAGAAGGUCGCAGCCAAAACGGAAUGGAACGAGGCCCAAGUCAACGAAACUCGGGUUUGGCUUGAGGGUUUGACCAAGGACAAGUCUAAGAUGCGCGAGGAGAAGAGGUUUCCCUGGGAUGAGCCCGAAGACAUACCAGAAGACGAACUCGACAGAUUGUACGACGAGGGCAGGCUCGACGCCGAGCUUGACAAUUACGAAGUAGUUCACGCGUGGGGAGGCGUUAUACUAGACCAGUCAGGGUACGACGAGGUGAUGGCCAAGAAGGAAUGGGUGGAGCAUGUCGAAGAUCCGAGUCAAUACCACGAAGUGAAGAUGAUUGCUGUCCCCAGAAUGAGUAGCAAGACCACGGGAACUCUGGAAGCUCGGAAAUUCGAAUGGGGAGAUUGGCAGAAGCAGGAGGGUGCAGCGCGGGACUUGGUCCAAGCCAGCUGUUACGAGUAA